AUGCCGCGCACGAAAAUAUCGAAAAAACGCAGAGUUACCAGUGAUUCUAAACUAAGCGAUGAAUCGAAUAUCGAAGAAAUUAAAGAAAAAAGUAUUUCUAUGCAAAUCGAAGAAGUCAACGCUCUUAUUAGAGAUAAAAUCGAUCAUAUGAAUCACGCGCACAAGACUGCUUUGAAAAGAUUGAAGGAGAUGUACAAUGUAUUGAAAGUAAAUCUUAUGUCCAGCGGUCUUGGUAGCAAAACGUCGAAAGAAAUUUCCGACAUGGAUUGUACUGAUCACGUCGAAUCUUUCAAAGAAAAUCAAUCAGGUAUGAUGUUAAAUCCCCAAUAUUCUAAACCAAAAUCACAGCGCGCAGUUCGAAAACGGUCCAAUUCGUGUAAUUCGAGGUCAACAACGAAGAAAAAUCAAGUAUUGAGAUCAUCAUCGUGUGAUAGAAAUGUACCUCCUUCAGCGUCUAAAUUAAAGACUCCUUGUAAUCGCGAAAUGCCUGCCAUUCCAUUAGUAACACCUAAAGUAAAUCCCAACAUACCGUUGUCAGUAUUACGACGUCCACGUCAAGGUGAAUUUGCGAUGUCCAUUUCCGGUAGCCCUUUGAUGGUUUCAAGUGUUACAUAUGAUGAUGUGGUUAGUGUUAAUGUCCCUCUUCCUGAUGGUCGAGUUUUAUCGAUUUUGCCCACAGAAGGCAUGCAUGCGACUAACUUAGAUUUAGACGAUGAAACUAGAAAACAAUUAAGAAGAUUACAAUCAAAUUUAUCCAAAUGUUUGGGAAAAUGAUGUAAAUAUUUGAAUGAACAAUUUUUAAAUGUUAUUAUUAAGUUUUACGUUGAUAUUUCGUUUUGUAAAUCAAUAUUAUAUUUCGCUGUUACUUCUAGUGAAUUACAAUACUAUACCUAUUGAUAAUUUCUCAUUUUAAUUCUGAACUCAAAGUAGGUUGUUUGAAGAACGCAUCAUUUUGUUUAUCUACAUUUUAUUUAAAUAAAUACUUUUAAAGAAUGACAA